CUGAGUGCCAACAAUGCCCUAAGUGCCCUGUGGAACCCAACUGAACUCCCAGGAUUUGAAGACUGAGCAGCCCCUAAGGAGAAGGGCUGGAAUUAAGGAAAAGGAGAAUUGCUUCCCUGGUUCUUGGGUCUCAAAACCUCCAACAUCUAGAGGCCAAGCCUCCAAAUGACCUGGAGGAGGGUCAGGAUUGUGGAGAAAAGAACUAAAGAAAAAGAGCAGAGCCAAGGGUGGGACAAUGAAUGAAUUGACAUAAAGUCAAAGGACACUGGCUGUGUCAUGGAAGAGGGCAGGUACCCCUUGUAUGGGGUAUGCUGGGACCAAAGCUGACCCUAGAGACUUGAAGACCUAGGACCACACCAUGGAGGAACCACAGAUAGACUAUGAAGUGGUGUUGGAGGAGAGGCUGGAGAUGGAGGAUUAUGAUGACCCUGGACCCCUUCCUCUCCAGGAAAUUGUGGAGGAACAACCAGAUCACCCGCAGGAUCCAACAACCAGAGACUACCAGACCACACCGGACCCAGGCACCCACGAGGUCUAUGUGGAGCUGCAGGAGCUGGUGAUGGAUGGGAAGAACCAGGAACCUCGGUGGAUGGAGGUGGCCCGCUGGGUUCGAUUGGAGGAGAACCGGGCUGAGGCAGGGGGCUGGGGUCGUCCCCAUGUUUCUUGCUUAACCUUCUGGAGUCUCCUGGAGCUGCAGAGAACUUUUAAAAGGGGCACUGUGAUGAUGGACCUGACUGAGUCCACCUUGCCUGGGAUUGUCAAUCAGCUUCUAGACCAAUUCAUCUAUGAAGGUCAGAUCCGGCCCCAGGACCGGGAUGUGCUGCUCAAGGCUCUGCUGGUCAAACACAGUCAUGAAGGAGAAUUGGAAGCUCUGGGAGGGGUGAAACCAGCCUUGCUAAACCGCUCAGGAGAUCCCUCUGAGCCCCUGUUGGCCCAACCCUCCUUAGAGAGACAGAUCUACUGUGAGCCGGGAGAGGGUACCUCAGGUAUCCCAGGGCCAUCUCACAUCCUGGAGAAGAUCCCUCCUGAUUCAGAGACCACGCUGGUAUUAGUGGGUCGAGUCUCCUUCCUGGAACAUCCCAUCCUGGGCUUCGUGCGACUUAAGGAGGCAGCCAACCUGGAAGAAGUUGCUGUCCCGGUGCCAGUCCGUUUCCUCUUGGUGCUCUUGGGGCCCGAGAGCCCCCACGUGGACUACACCCAGCUUGGCCGGGCUGCUGCCACCUUAAUGUCUGAGAAGGUGUUCCGAAUAGACGCCUACUUAGCCCAUGACCGGAAGGAGCUGGUCCAGUCCCUGGAAGGUUUCUUGGACUGUAGCGUGGUGCUGCCCCCCACGGACGCGCCCUCGGAGGCUGCGUUACUCACCCUGGUCCCGGUGCAGCAGGAAUUGCUGCGAAGACGCUACAAGCUCAGCCCCUCUAAGCCGGAUCCCAGCUUCUACAAGGGAUUAGACUUGAAUGGGGCUCCCCAGGGUCAGGAUGACCCCUUACAGCGGACAGGCCACCUCUUUGGGGGCUUAGCUAAGGAUGCUCAGCGUCGGUUUCCCAAGUACUUGAGUGACAUCACGGAUGCGCUGAGCCCCCAGGUCCUCGCAGCCGUGAUAUUCAUCUACUUCGCAGCCCUCUCACCGGCCAUCACCUUCGGGGGCCUCCUAGGAGACAAGACUGAGAACAUGAUGGGGGUGUCAGAAUUACUCAUCUCAACAGCAGUGCAGGGCAUCCUCUUUGCCUUGCUGAGUGCCCAGCCCCUGCUUGUGCUCGGUUUCUCAGGACCCCUGCUUGUCUUCGAAGAGGCCUUCGCUGAGUUCUGCAAGAGCAAUGGCUUCGAAUACAUCGUGGGCCGGGUAUGGAUUGGCUUCUGGCUGGUGCUGCUGGUGGUCCUGGUGGUGGCCUUUGAGGGAAGCUUCCUGGUGCGCUACAUCUCCCGCUACACCCAAGAGAUCUUCUCCAUCCUCAUUUCUCUCAUCUUCAUCUAUGAGACCUUCUCCAAGCUUAUCAAGAUAUUCCAAGAACACCCACUGCGGAAAGAGUAUGCCUACAACGUGAGCUGGGACCCCAAGCCCCAGGCCGCCCUCCCCAACACUGCCCUCCUGUCCCUGGUGCUCAUGGCUGGGACGUUUUAUUUUGCCAUCACAUUUCGCAAGUUCAAGAACAGCUCCUACUUCCCUGGAAAGCUCCGCAGAAUAAUUGGAGAUUUUGGUGUUCCCAUUUCUAUCUGCAUUAUGGUCACAGUGGAUAUAUUCAUUAAAGACACCUACACCCAGAAACUCAAAGUGCCCAAGGGCUUCGAAAUCUCUAACCCAAGCGCCAGAGACUGGUUCAUCCACCCCCUGGGCUUGUACAAAGAGUUUCCCCUCUGGAUGAAGUUUGCUUCCGUUGUGCCAGCUCUACUUGUCUUCAUCCUCAUCUUCCUGGAGUCGCAGAUUACCACACUCAUUGUCAGCAAACCAGAGCGGAAGCUGGUCAAAGGCUCGGGUUUCCACUUGGACCUGCUGCUGAUCGUGGGCAUGGGCGGAGUGGGCGCCCUGUUUGGGAUGCCCUGGCUCAGUGCCACCACAGUGAGGUCUGUGACCCAUGUCAAUGCCCUCACUGUCAUGGGGAAAGCCAGUGCACCAGGUGAACGGGUUCAAGUCCAGGAGGUGAAGGAACAGAGACUCAGUGGACUCCUGGUCUCAGUACUUGUGGGUGUCUCCGUCUUCAUGGAACCCAUUCUGUCCAAGAUCCCCCUGGCUGUUCUUUUUGGCAUUUUCCUGUAUAUGGGAGUCACAUCACUGAGUGGCAUCCAGCUUUUUGACCGGAUUUUGCUCCUCCUGAAGCCUCCCAAAUACCACCCUGAUGUCCCCUAUGUCAAGCGGGUAAAGACCUGGCGUAUGCACGUGUUCACUGGCAUCCAGGUUAUCUGCCUGGUGGUGCUGUGGGUGGUAAAGUCAACUCCUGCCUCCCUGGCACUACCCUUCGUCCUCAUCCUCACCGUGCCCCUACGCCAAUUCCUGCUGCCCCUCAUCUUUCGAAACUUGGAGCUCCAAUGUCUUGAUGCUGAUGAUGCCGAGAUUACAUUUGAUGAAGAAGAAGGCAGAGAUGUAUAUGAUGAAGUGCUCAUGCCAUCGUGAGCCAAGAAGACUACCCUCAGCAUUCUCUCCCAUACUUUCUCAAGACCUGAAAACCCCCUUCAUCACCUUUAUUAUUAGGGACAUCCAUACCAACUCUAGAUGGAAAUAGGGACCCUAUGCUGGCGAGCCAUUCCCUUUGGGUCCAGGACAACUGCCCACCCAUAGGGUGGGGAGCUGAAGAUAUGGGAGAGGGUAAGGAGAACCCACUAGGGAAAACUAUUAUUUAUAGAUUUUUUAAAAUUUUGCUACUUUUAUAUUGUGCCCCAAGGAAAUGAGAGCAAUAGGAACCUCUCUGGCUUAGUUUCCCCAUCUGUAAAAUGAAGGAAUUAGACUAGCUAACUUUUAAGAUCCCUUCCAGCUCACAGUCCUGGGAUUCCUCAGUUUGUGGUCCCUUAACACAUUCUUAGACACAUACACAUGCAUAAACAUCACUGUCACACACACACACUCAUAUCUUCAUGCCAUCCUAAAAACAUGAACUAUUAGGACUUAAAGGGAUCUUAACAUCAUUUCAUUUAACUCUAAUUUUCUAGAGGGGGAAACUGAGGCAUAGAGAGAUAUAGUUAGUUCAUGGAAGAACCAAGCCAGAAAUCUCUCCACUAUAAUUGCCAGACUCCAGUUAGACACUGUGGGGUAUCUUACCCAUCUGUUCCCAGCUGCACUCUGGGAAAUCUUGGUCUUCCUGCUCUCCCCUUUCCCCCAUCCUAUGCAAUUCUUCCCACCAGCCUGGAAGGCCUCCUAGCUUCCCAUCUGAUGAACUUGGUGCUAAAAAAAAGGCUUUGCCCCUCCUCCGAAAGUGGGGGGUGUUGGAGGGAGUAAUUUAGGCAGGAAUUUAGAAUUAUUUUGCCACUUUCCUGUACAAUCCAGCUGUCAAUUGAGCCUUAUUCAAGUGGCCCCAACCAAUAGGGUUUAAAUAGGUGAGUGUGUGUGUGUGUGUGUGUGUGUUUGUGUGUGUUUGCUUGUGUGUGUUGGGAAUGGGGGAAGGAGGGAGGGCAUAGAACAAGGAUUUGACCUUUAGGAAGAAAGAACAUUUGACUAGGAAUAGAUGGUCAGAAAGACCAUCAAUGCAUAGAAGUAGGAUUUGUAAUUUAUUGUGUAUUUUCUAAGAAAUUUAAUCAUAUUUUAGGUUUAGUGACUGGGAAUCAUGGACCUCUCUCCCAUUCUCCUCAAUACAAACUUUGGGAAAAAAAAGAAUUGGGGGAGGAGAGGGUGAGAAUUCCCCCAGGAAGUAGGGAGGAACAAAUCUAUUUUUUUAUAAAAGGAAAAUAUAAAAAAGAGUUGGAAGAACCUCUAUUUGGGGAAAAAGGCAACUUAGAAGAAAGACAUGGGGACCUGAGGAUGGCGAUACAUUUAGCUUCCAUUCUUGGAAGAUGAACUCUCCUCUGUUCCAUCCCACUUUCCUUGAUAAAGGGACUACCACAAGGAAACCCUGCCCCCCCAAAAAAUCCUCUCCCAUUGCUUGUGAAUUUAUUUUGCCAAUAAAUCCAUUUAUGCCUGUGA